AUGGAAGUCUCGUCAGAGAACUUCUGGCGGCAGCUGCCGAAUAUUCUGCUGUCCAUUGCGAAGUCCGACUUCGUUGCCAUCGAUCUCGAGAUGACCGGCAUCACGGACAAGAGCUCGGCAGACCACUCAGAAAACCCAACCAACCAGCAAAUCUAUGAAUCGGCCAAGAAGAUUGCAUCCAAGUUCAACGUCUUUGAGAUGGGGAUGACGUGUAUCCAAAGCCAGUCAGACGGCUCAUACAAAACCGAGACCUAUAGUUUCACUGUCAGCCCCUACCUGCACACAGAAACGCGAGCUGAUGAAAAGUUCGUCAAAGGCUUGGAUAGGAGCCUUUCUGUAUCAUACAACACUCUCAAGUUUCUUCGAUCGGAAGGCAUCCGGCUGGAGAAGGUCUAUGAGGACUGCGUUCCGUACCUCAGCCGCGAAGAGGCACGCUUGGCAGUUCGACAGAUGCAGCGCCGACAAGAUCCUUGGGACGCCAAAGAUCAUGGAUACAACGAGGACGACGAAGGUCUGACUACGUUUUCCAUUUAUGCCCAUAACACGAUUGUAAAUUGGCUUUACACCGAUCCAUGGAUGCGAACUCUAGAGAUCAAUGUCCUCUUACCCAACUCUGAUAGUAAGAAACGUAUGAGCGUCUACGAACAGAUCGUUCGUAGAAAGGCCCGAAAGCUUGUGCCACGAAUGGUUUGCCGUCUUUGGAAUCAUGGCACGACCGUGGUUAUCUCUCAGCGGGACGAUGGACAAGAAUCCAAGAGGCGUGAGUCUCUAGAGGACGAUCUCAACGCAUCGUUGAGGAAGUACGCAGGAAUUCGCCUGAUUAUCGAAGCCCUUGUCGGCGGCAAGUUUGCCAACCUCAUUAACCCCGACCUCAUUGUCGAAGCCAUGUCUGGCUGGCCUGGCGAAGCACAAUGCUUUUGUCGUGAGGUGCAUGAGCUUGUUCAUCCCGCGGCACCAGAACAAUGGGAAGAAUCUCCAGAGGAAGAAGUCGAGGAUCGCUUUUGCCCCUGGUGUUGCACACAUCACGACCCUGACACAGGCUGCUCUAGCACGUCCUCAGGUCAGGACGUCGAAGUGGCAUUUCAAACAAACUUGAUCACCAAAGACGAGUGCCUCUGUAUGAAGAAGCGGAACUUGUCCAGAAGCCGAGUUGGAGAUAAUGAGCUGAUGCCCUUGGUGUAUGAUGUUCAUUGCGAACGUUGCUACCCCGAUCUUGGCAGCAGCCGGCCUGGGAUCAACUCUUCCCCUCACCAUGACAUCCCUCCACAGGCCACACAUAUUCAAGAAGCUCAUUCGGCGAGCCACGAUGGAGAAUCCUCAAGCAGUUCGGAGGGAGUGGCAGGUGGCGAGUUUCGGGAGGGCGACACUGGUACUUGGCAUAUCACAGCUGAGACAGCCGGCUGGGAUGAGCCGACUGGUUGGAACAAAAUGUGUCACGAUCUCGAGGAUUUAUCCACGGAAACACUCAAGAAUGAAGUAGCAGAUGCUCUUCAGGAGCUAGAAACUUUAGGCCGAACGUCUUCGCCAACCAUUAUCGGACACAACCAAUUCAUGGACCUUUUGUUCCUUUACAACACCUUCAUCGACGACCUCCCCGACAGCUUUUUGGAGUUUUUGGUAAAUAUUCACCAAUUGUUCCCACGCAUCGUGGACACGAAGCUGUUGGCCAUUAAGGACGACACGAUCGAGGGCGAAGACCCAUUGAUGGAUCUAUACAACAGGUUCGAUGGCAACAGAACGCAGCCAAGCAUCCAUUGGGAUGCAGCUUAUGGCUAUGGCCGUCGUGAAACAGCCCAUCAGGCUGGCUUCGAUAGCCACAUGACGGCAGUUGUGUUUCUGCGAAUUGCCCACAAACUCGCCCGCGAGGAAUCGGCCAGGCUCGAGGGCCGAGCCGCGUCAUACGAGAGCAAAGAAUGGAGAUUGUAUGACAGAGAAUGGCUAUCAGCAGUUGGAUACGAUUCACAAUUCCUGGGCUAUUCGCAAGACUCGGACAUUGGCACAUGGAGAGAGUCCAACACCCAGGAAGGGUACGUGGGUCGGAUUCGGUGGCAGAUGGCCAUAUUCGACGACAUUCGCGACCGAAUUCGGAUCGCCCCCCGCAAGACAUUUAAUAUCGGGCCCGAAUGGUGA